AUGGCAACACCCAAUAGCAUUGCUGCAGAAUCCAUGGUGCUCGGUAGUAUUCUCGCUAUUCAAGAAUUAAUUGCGAAUGUAUCUAUCGCACCACUAGCGACGAAAAUGAUGGUGCAUUCAACGAUGACCACGUUGGUUCAAACUUCUUCCGAUCGUAAGGACUCAGUUAUGCCUUUGGUAGAACUUAUACUUGGAACGGCAACUUACUUGGUAAGCCAAUUUUCUCUUUUAACGAUAUAA